AGUUCACAAACCUCGAUUCUCGCUUCUCCUACCCGUACUUUUGUCGCUAAUAGUACUGUUUCUUUUAUUUGGUAGGUUGUUUCGUUUGGUAGUCUGUGCGCCAAAAUUUCAAUUCUUUUCACUAACUUUGACUCUCUUUCGAAAUUGUUGCGAACCAAACAAUUCAUAGGAUUGUUCCGACACAGCACAACAAGACACAAACACACGAACCAUGACCGUCAACCCUACCAAAUCGAAACUGCUGCUGAGUGCAGCCGCGGUUGCGGUGGCGCUAUCCGUUUCGCCAUCGCCGUCGUCGCUGCUUCCCUGUGCGGAGGCAUUCUCACCGUCGCUGUUCCGGGUUGCGCCAUCCCACAAUAUUGCAUCGUUUGCUGCAUCUUCCACCGAGCUGGCCAUGGCCAAGAAGAAAAAGAAAAAGAAGAAAAAAAAGAACGGCAACAGCAAGGCACUUGGGGGUGCCGCAACGGCCGUCCUCGAGCGACCCCCGGAACCAGAGGCAGCGGUAGCAGAAGAAGAACCUGCUGCUGCUGCUGCUGUUGCGGUGGAAGAACCAGAAAUCAUCCAAGCGAUGGMAGAAGAAAUCACCGUCGAAGCAGAACCAUCUGUUGAAGCCGUCGAGGCAGAAGAAAUCCCCGAAGCGGAAGAGGAAGAAACCGCAGAAAAAGCCCCGGAGGCAACCGCCGUCGUUGAGGAAGCACCACCGUCCACACCAGAGGAGGUUGUUACCGAAGAGGAUUCGGAGGUUGUUGCCGUCCUUGCCGAAGAAACCCCGGUCGAAGAACCGGUCGAGGUCGAAGCAGAAGCGGAAGCGGAAGCUACAGCAGUCGAAAUCGAGCCCACCGAAGAAACCCCGGUCGAAGAACCGGUCGAGAUCGAAGCAGAAGCGGAAGCCACAGCAGUCGACAUCGAGCAAGAACCCGAGCCCGAGCCUGAGCCGGAACCCGAGCCCGAGCCGGAACCCGUUGUUUUCGAUCAAAAGCAGCAACCCCUUCCGGCUGAGAAGGAGGAGGAGGUGGCUGCCAAGUACGCUGCCAUCGAGGACGUUGGUGAGAGAGCCUUUGCCAUUCUCACCGAUCUGGGAAUGUUCGACAGAAAGAACUAGGCGGUGCCGUGCCGAGCUCGGUGCAUGCAUUUCAAAGCGACCAAGACAUUAGCUUUGUGUUGGUCRACCGCGACAAUAAAAAAAGCCGUUCAGGCCAACCCAAUCUGCAAAUCAGAUUUCCUCCCGUGUGGAAACCGAUUUUGUUGCCUGGUUUGUGUCGUGUCGUGUCGUGUCGUGCCGUGUCGAUUCGUGUCCGUGGAAUUCAACAGUACAAUCAUUUACGACGAGAACGCCAAACCCCAAAAAUGAAUUGCCAACCCACGAUCGACCAAAAUGCACAUUUGCCGUCCGCUCCUCGGCAUGUUUCGUCCGCAAUGCGAAAAUGGAUGGAUUGCACAAGUCGAUGYCCGUUCUUGUCCGCUUGCUCCUCCCUUUUCGCAKUGCGAAUGAUACAGCCGCAGCCGUCACGGUAAAUAAAUAAUAGUUUGAUUCUUACUCGUCGUCUCCCGGAACCGAUUGCAAAGUUCAAUCACAAACGCCAUCAUUGUCACACGCAGGGAUCAGAAGAGAAGAAUAAAGCAUUAAUGCAAAA